AAUUCAAAAACAUAUUUAUCCCUCGACAAUGAGAUUGUUAACAGAGUUAUCUGAAAGGCAUGAUUACCAAUGACCAUCGGGGAGAUAUAUUAAAAAAUCACUGAUGAUUUCGGUUUCUGCAGUUGGAACAUUAGUUCCAUCAGAGCCAGCUUGCGUUUACAGGAGCCGAAUUAAUUUGCACGGGAUUAUAAACUUUCAUAAAAAAAUUCAGCUUAGAAGCAGGGUAGUUUGUGCAGUGGAAAUUAAAAAUGCAGAAGACUUUAAAUUCCCUUCAUUUUUAUCUUCAUAUUUAUCUCGGGAAGCACCGAUAAAAGAUUCUGCAGCCCUUAAAAUGGCCACAAGAAUUCAGAGGCUUCCUGUAGAGACUGAUCUUUCAGAGCGUCCAAUUAUGAGUAGCUGUGUGAUGCCUUUAAGACAAAAUAUGGAGGCAACACCAGUGGUUUUACUCCAUGGGUUUGACAGUUCUUGUUUAGAGUGGCGUUACACAUACCCUUUGCUUGAGGCCGGUGGGAUGGAGCCUUGGGCUGUUGACCUUCUUGGUUGGGGCUUCAAUAAUGGAGAAGGUGUAAAGUCAUAUAAUGUGGCUGCAAAACGGGAACACCUUUACAAGUUUUGGAGAAGAUAUAUCAAAAGGCCUAUGGCUUUGGUUGGGCCAAGCCUUGGUGCUGCUGCAACGAUAGAUUUUGCGGUGUGCUACCCUGAAGCUGUCUCAAGAUUGGUGUUGAUAGAUGGAAAUGUUUAUGCAGAGGGCACUGGAAAUAUGGCAAAAUUUCCAAAAUCUUUAGCAUAUUUCGGGGUUUCUUUAUUGAAGAGUGUACCUUUACGAACAUGGGCAACGUUUUUGGCAUUAUCUAAAAUGUCCAGAUCUAGAAUAAAUGAUAUGGCACGGGUUGGUCGCUUGCAUUGUCACUCACCGCAUUGGGCAGAUGCAACAGUUGAUUUCAUGCUUAGUGGGGGAUAUAACAUUGCUGCUCGUAUAAAAGAGGCAUGUUCAAUAAUAUCACCAUUUUUACAGAUAGACAAGAAGACUCUAGUGAUUUGGGGUGAGGAGGACGAGAUUGUCAGCAUGAAAUAUGCGAAGAGAUUGCAAGAAGACCUAAAAGAAUCGAAAGUGCAGUACAUUAGUGAAUGCGGCCACAUUCCUCACGUUGAGAAGCCAGAAAUUAUUGCAAAUAUGAUUAUAGAUUUUUUAAAUGACGAGCAUGCUGAAGAAUCAACUAGCGAAUGAAAUUGAAUUUUAAUUUAAAACACCAUCAUCGGCCACUCUCUGUUUAAACUUUCUUUUUUGUUCUGCAAUGUCUAUUUCAAACAUUAUAACAUAUUCUUAUAGAAUGGUUUGCUAGAAUUUUUUUGCAAUUACUAAAUAAAUCAUUGCCUUCAUUU